GUUGAUCAUCCGUGCGUCAAACUGAAAAACAUAAGGUUAGUUUCACUGUCAAGAGUAAAAGGAAGCGGACUGAUGGCAGCGACACAAACCCUCCUGCCACACUGACUGUCAGUCUUAUAUACAAAUGGAGGAAAGGACUGUCACCAGAUAAUUGGAGCUGUAGCCUCCAGGUUGCUGAAGACUCUGGAGAAACCAAAGCCAGACAUAUGAGAUGGGAAUUUACUAAAUGAAGAAUGAGAAACUUCAGCAAAGACGUCGUUACAGAGGACUGACCAACACCGUCGUUUCUCACAUAACCUUUUACGUUUGAGUCCCGCUCGUUCAGUGUUGUUCUGCUCCUCUGCCUUCAUCCACACCUUCGUCUUCAAGCUCUGCUGUCCAGCCCAGGCAGAGUGGACCCGUCCCUCUCCCCAGGCCUCGUGCCCUUCCAUCGGCGGCCCGCUCCGGCGGUGUGUUGGUGUACGAUGGCGCGGUGGGACGCUGAGGGCUGCCGCGGGGGACUGUGAUGUCAGAGCCCAACAGCCCGGGCGAGAGCCGGCGUGGCGCUCCCAGAUUCUUCGUGGGCUGCGAGGACGAUGAGAGCGAGGUCCUGGAGGAUAGCAUGAGGACAGACAUGGAGCUGUAUGAGGACGACGAAGACACAGACUCGCCCCCGGAGCAACAGAUCAUGGUGGGGAUCUGCUGCAUGAUGAAGAAGUCCAAGUCCAAGCCGAUGACCCAGAUCCUGGAGAGGCUGUGCAGGUUUGAGUACAUCACCGUGGUCAUCUUCCCAGAGGACGUCAUCCUCAACGAGCCCGUGGACAAAUGGCCUCUGUGUGACUGCCUCAUCUCCUUCCACUCCAAGGGAUUCCCGCUGGAUAAGGCAGUGAGCUAUGCCAAACUGAGAAACCCUCUGCUCCUCAAUGACCUGAACAUGCAGUACUACAUACAGGACAGGAGGGAGGUGUACCGCAUCCUGCAGGAGGAAGGGAUAGAUCUACCACGCUAUGCUGUGCUGAACCGUGACCCAGAUAAACCAGAUGAGUGCAACCUGGUGGAAGGAGAGGACCACGUGGAGGUGAACGGAGAAAUAUUCCAGAAGCCUUUCGUUGAGAAGCCCGUCUGUGCCGAGGACCACAACGUCUACAUCUACUACCCCACGUCUGCUGGUGGUGGCAGCCAGCGCCUCUUCAGAAAGAUCGGGAGCCGGAGCAGCGUGUACUCACCGGAGAGCAGCGUGAGGAAGACUGGCUCUUACAUCUAUGAAGAGUUCAUGCCAACAGAUGGCACUGACGUGAAGGUUUACACUGUGGGGCCGGACUACGCUCACGCUGAGGCCCGAAAGUCUCCCGCUUUGGACGGGAAGGUGGAGAGAGACAGCGAAGGCAAGGAGGUCCGUUACCCGGUCAUGCUCUCAGCCAUGGAGAAACUGGUGGCGCGUAAAGUCUGUCUAGCGUUCAAGCAAACGGUGUGCGGCUUCGACCUUCUCCGAGCCAACGGACACUCCUACGUGUGUGACGUCAACGGUUUCAGUUUUGUGAAGAACUCGAUGAAGUACUACGACGACUGUGCCAAGAUCCUCGGGAACAUCGUGAUGCGAGAGCUGGCUCCUCAGUUUCAGAUUCCCUGGUCCAUCCCUACUGAGGCAGAAGAUAUCCCCAUCGUUCCCACCACGUCAGGGACCAUGAUGGAGCUACGCUGUGUCAUCGCCGUCAUCCGACAUGGAGACAGAACGCCCAAACAAAAGAUGAAGAUGGAGGUUCGCAACCCCAUGUUCUUUGAUCUAUUUGAAAAAUACGGAGGAUACAAAACUGGGAAAUUAAAGCUGAAGAAACCAAAACAACUGCAGGAGGUGCUGGACAUCACAAGGCAGUUGUUAGCAGAACUAGGACAGCACAACGACUGCGAAAUAGAGGAGAAGAAAUCCAAACUGGAGCAGCUGAAGACUGUCCUGGAAAUGUACGGCCACUUCUCGGGGAUCAACAGAAAAGUGCAACUAACCUACCUGCCCCAUGGGCAGCCCAAAACCUCGAGUGAGGAAGAAGACACGCGUAAGGAAGGUCCGUCUCUGCUUCUGGUGCUGAAGUGGGGAGGAGAGCUGACUCCUGCUGGCAGAGUGCAGGCUGAGGAGCUUGGAAGGGCCUUUCGCUGUAUGUACCCCGGAGGACAAGGAGACUAUGCUGGAUUUCCAGGCUGUGGGUUGCUACGGUUACACAGCACCUACAGACAUGACCUGAAGAUAUACGCGUCUGAUGAAGGCAGGGUGCAGAUGACGGCCGCAGCUUUCGCAAAGGGCUUGCUGGCUCUGGAGGGUGAGCUGACCCCCAUCCUGGUGCAGAUGGUGAAGAGCGCCAACAUGAACGGCCUGCUGGACAACGACAGCGACUCGCUGAGCAGCUGCCAGCACCGCGUCAAGGCCCGACUCCACGAGAUUCUGCAGAAGGACAGGGACUUCACCGACGAAGACUACGACAGGCUGGCCCCAACCUGUAGCGCCUCUUUGGUGAAUUCAAUGAAGAUAGUCCAGAACCCAGUGGCCACAUGCGACCAGGUCUACGCCCUCAUUCAGAGCCUCACCUCCCAGAUCCGCAAAAGAAUGGAGGACCCCAAGUCAGCUGACCUGCAGCUGUACCACAGCGAGACGCUGGAGCUGAUGCUGCAGCGCUGGUCCAAACUGGAGAGAGACUUCCGCAUGAAGAACGGCCGCUACGACAUCAGUAAAAUACCCGACAUUUACGACUGCGUGAAGUACGAUGUCAUCCACAACGCCACUCUGGGUCUGGAGGACACGCUGGAGCUGUUCAGACUGUCUCACGCUUUGGCCGACAUCGUCAUCCCACAGGAAUACGGAAUAAAUAAAGUUGAAAAAUUGGACAUCGCCUACGCCUACUGCCUCCCGUUGGUCAGAAAGAUCCAGCUCGACCUGCAGAGGACGCACGAGGACGAGUCUGUCAACAAACUUCACCCUCUGUAUUCUCGUGGAGUGAUGUCUCCCGGCCGCCACGUCAGGACACGUUUAUAUUUCACCAGCGAGAGUCACGUCCACUCUCUGCUCAGCAUUUUCCGUUACGGAGGUUUGCUUGAUGAAGAGAAAGACCAGCAGUGGAAGCGAGCCAUGGAUUACCUCAGUGCUGUCUCUGAACUCAACUACAUGACUCAGAUUGUCAUCAUGCUGUAUGAGGACAACAAUAAGGAUCUCACCUCGGAGGAACGGUUCCACGUAGAGCUUCACUUCAGCCCAGGGGUCAAAGGCGUUGAGGAGGAGGAGAACGCACCGACCGGUUUUGGCUUCAGGCCGGCUUCUGCAGAGGUAGCACGACAGAACGGGCAGAAACAAACCGACCCCGGCAGCCUGGAGGACCUCUCACGGGAUGAAACGGACCGCGCUGUGCCACUGUCUGAGCCAAUCACCAUUCAGAGGAGGUCCCCACUCAUACGCAAUCAUAAGACUGGAUCCAUGGAGGUUCUGUCGGAGACAUCGUCCUCCAAAGUGGGCAGUUAUCGCCUCUUCUCGCUCUGCUCGCGUCAGUCCCCUGAGAUGAAACAAAGUGGAUUAGGCUCUCAGUGCGCCGGGCUCUUCAGCACCACUGUCCUAGGUGGGUCCUCUAGCGCCCCUAACCUGCAGGACUACGCACGCGCACACCGCAAAAAAUUCUCCACCGGCAGUCUGUCCUACAAAGACGAGUUGUUGUCUAUGCCGGCAGUAAAACGAUUUUCUGUGUCGUUUGCAAAGCAUCCGACUAAUGGAACACAGGAUGACUCAUCCACCAUAGCAGUGGAUCCACCUCCAUGGUGUUCUGCGACAGAGCCCUUGGAGGAGCACCAUGUGGCCCAGUUGUUGAGGCGUUUCUCCACCGACCUCAGCCUGGGCCGCUACCUCUCUCUGGACAGGGCUCUCGCCCACCACCUCCACCAGUGCUCCUACCACCUCCGCCUCUUCCGAAACUGGCUCAUCUCCGGCCAGGACCCCCUAGAGUACUUCUACGGCUUCGAAGGCUGCUCCAUGGUGCCCUCCAUCUAUCCUCUGGAAACGCUGCACAACUCGCUGUCGCUCAAACAGGUCAACGAAUUCCUCACCGGCGUGUGCGAGAGCGCCGGGGACCCGCACACCAGGACAACCAGAGCGCUGUCGGCCAUGUUUGACACACACAACCAGCCGUCGGUGGACUCGUACAUCCCCCAGAGAGUCCUCUCUUCCUCCAUCUCUCUCAGAUCUCGCUCUGACAGACCUCCUUGGUACAGCAGCGGUCCAUCCAGCACAGUAUCCAGCGCCGGGCCGUCUUCUCCCACCACAGCCGACACUUCCCCGCGCUUCAGCUUCAGCGACAAGAUCUCCCUCACUCCUCAGAGCAGCGAGGAAACCCACUCCUCUCAAAACAUUUCCACUCAGCCGGCGCCGGCAGUCGGGUCACAAGUCCUCGACCCGACCUGCCCCGCUGUUUCAAACCCCUCCGAGGUCCCUCUGACUCCAAAUAACUCUCCAGAGGACGACGCCGAGCACCAAGCUGAUCAUCCCGAUCAGGAGGGGUCGGAGGCGGCCGUGGAUCCCUCCGGCGAUGAAAUUCUAGAUCCUAGUUUGAGGCCGCCGUGCGCCGCGCUGGGUGAGCUCACUCUGGGUCGGAUGGAGGGUUACUGCCUCCCGGGUUCUCUGCCCGUGCUGUUGGAGCUCAGAGAGAGCAGCAGCGAGGCGGGCUCCAGCUCCCAGACGCCACAGUCUCCCGAGGGGCCCGACGAGUUCUUCGACACCCAGGAGUCGAUGGAGUUGUGGAUGGACAGUCCGGAAAACCCGCCUCCUCCUGAGACGCCUCUGGAGGUCGGAGCCACUCACACAGCAGAGCCGUAGACGCCGAGACACUCAAUGCUACAGAUCUGUCAGAAACUACUGGUGACGCCUGUAACUUUAAGAGCAUCGUCUUCGUCGUCCAAUCACGAGCGGCGGGGCAUUGUACUGCAGCCCGCUGGGCCUCCCCCCCCCCCUCCCCCUUUCUCCAGCUACAUGACUGUAUGUCGAGUAAUUACGAAAGGGCAGCUGAUCCUCACGCUCGGCUCUGUGCUGGAGAAUCAUAUGACAAUGCCAUACAUGCUGUUCAACGCCUUUUUUUUUGAAAAGCACACUGGUUACACACCAGUGACACCACUGAGCCUCCUCUGACAGUCGACUGGUUCUGUCCAUCAGUCUGUAAAGAUGUGGGAAGCCACUUGUUGUAAGGUGAAGCUUAAAUUAAACAGCUCUCUGCUACUGUCGCUUAUA